AUUUCAUUCAACUAUAAGGAAUAGGCUAUAUUCUGUUUUUAAUAUAUUUACCGCUUCCAUUUCUCUCUGUCUUCUAAAUCUAUUUCUUCUUAAUUCUUCUUCUACUUCAAUUUUUCUUCUGCUUCAACGUUUAGUCAUCUCACUUUAAAAUUUAAUAUCGAAAGAAAUUAAAAAAGGAGAACCUGCAAAAAUAAACUGAAAAGACUGCAAAUAUCCUGUGGAUGAAGACAAAAUCUUCAAGAUAUGAUUUCUAUAUCUUUCUUUCGGAUGGGCUAUUUGACAAGUUGAGAAAAAGAAAAUAAUUUAUCGCAGUUAUGCAUGUUAGUAAAAAAAUGAAAACUAAUCUUUUACAUCCUGCAUAUAUAUUAUUUGGAGUAUUUAUCGGAUAUUUAAUGGGUAGUUCAAUGAGCAGCUUCAUAUGCUUUCAACCUAGAGCAAAGUCCAAUAGAAUUUAUAACUUACAAGCUUCUGAAGAAAAUCUCAGACCGAGAAAAACACUCUUUGUUGCUGUUAUGACAGCAAGGAAAUUUUUAGAGACUAGGGCAAAAGCCUGUAAUAAUACAUGGGGACAGCAUACUACUGUACAGUAUUUUGCACAAACCGGAAGUUUGAAAGAAAAUGGUCUAGAUAUUGUCAAUUUACCAGGGAUCGAUGACAAUGUCUACCCUCCACAAGAAAAAGCAUUUAAAAUGAUCAAGUAUAUGUGUGAUAAAUAUGUGGAUCAAUUCGAUUGGUUUCUACGUGCCGAUGAUGAUGCUUACUUUAGAAUGGAUAAGCUAGUUCCUUUUUUAAAUUCUCUCAAUGCUAGUGAAAAGUUAUACGUAGGACAAGCAGGGUUUGGACGAGCGGAGAAAAAAGGUAAAUUAGGACUUUCCGGUUACGCCUAUUGCAUGGGUGGACCUGGAAUGUUUCUCAGUCGAGCUACUCUGAAAGCCAUGUGCCCAUACGUCGAUAAUUGUAUUAAUAAUGUUGUCUCGACACACGAAGACGUUGAAGUCGGCCGUUGUAUUACUCAACUAACAGGCGCGCAAUGUUCAUCCAACUACGAAAUGAAAGAACUAUUCUAUUUCAAUUAUCGUGAACGUUCCGGAACUUUCUCUCAUUCACUUGAAGAAGAUAGAGAUCAAAUAGAGCACGCCAUCACUUUACAUCCAAUAAAAAAUGAUACAUACGUUUUUCGAAUGGAGAAUUUCUUAAGAACAACAAAUCUGAAGAAACUCCAUCAUAAAACAAUUGAAAUUCAACGAAAAAUCAAACAUAUUGAACGAGAUAUUCAUGCCAAGUCUAGAAAGAUUAAACGUUCAAUCUCCGAUCAUUUCAGAGUUGGUGAUGGCGAGCAGAACAGAGUAAGCAAACCACCGUCAUGGAAUAAAAUUAAGCCAAAGACUAGGGAGCACGUUAUUCCUUGGGAUAGCAUUGAUAGUCACAGUAUUGCUACAAUAAAUAAUCAAGUACCGAAGAGAAAGUUCCAAGCCACAUUUAACGAGAGCUUGGGAAAGAUAUUAAAGGAAGUAAAUAGAAUUGUUAAUGUUAAUGAAGAUCAUACAGGAUAUCACAAUGAUCUAAGUCAAUUCCGGCUUGGGUACAAACGAGUAAAUCCAUUCUCUGGAGUGGAUCAUUUACUUCAAUUUCAACAGCACUACAAAUUCCAGAAGAAGAAGAAAUCUCGGAAAAUCCAGUUUGGAACACAUCAGGCAUUUGGCAGUUUGCAAUCCCGAUUGGUAUCCGUAAAUGAUGAUCUUCCCAACAAAGGAUUUUUCGAAAGUCUGAAAGAAAAGUUCUCGGAUGGAUUCAGAAUUUUUCAAAAGCCGAAAAUAGCGAAAGUAAAUUCGAGUUGUGGCCGAAUUGGGAAGACUUUAAAUAUCGUUAUGCCCCUGUCCGGCCGAUAUAGGACAUAUCUUCGUUUUAUGAGGAAUUUCGAAGAAAUUGCACUUAAAUGUGAAGAGAGAGUUAGUAUAGUUAUAGUAUUAUCGGCUAUUGAUCCAGAAAAUCGAACUGAUGAUAUGGUGCUUCAUAUGAAGAAUUUGGCUAAGCAAUAUCCAAAUCAUAACAUUCAAUCGAUUGUGGUUCCUGGUAAAUUUUCAAGAGGAAUUUCUCUUGACAGAGGAGCUCAAUUGUUUGCUAAAAGAGAUCUUGUCUGUUUUGUAGACGUGGAUCUGAUUUUAAGCAGAAACGUUUUACAGAGAAUGGCCCGAAAUACCAUUAGAAAUAUUCAGGCCUAUUAUCCAAUAAUGUUCAGUCAAUUUGAUCCGGGAGUCAGGUGCUCUUAUGGUGGAAAGUGUAGUCUACGUAAUAAUUUGUUCUCAUUUGAAGAGAGUAUGGGAUAUUGGAGACAAAGUUCAUUUGGUAUGGCGUGUGCCUACAAAUCGGACUUGGAUAAUGUUGGAGGUUUUUUGACUGCCAUAGAGGGUUGGGGAAAGGAAGACUUGGAUUUAUAUGAUAAAUUUACCACACAUAAUGUUCAAACAAUGCGAAGUAUCGAUCCUGGAAUGGUUCAUGUAUUUCAUCCAAUUCUGUGUCAUCUAAUCACUGAACCAACUCAAUAUAAAAUGUGUUUAGACGUUAAAGCAAGUUUCAGUCGAAAAAAGAAAUUAUAUGAAAUUAUAUUCAUACUGGAAUUAUUGACAAUUAAAAAUUUUUUGAUGAAUACUGAGGACAUUGUUAAUCUUAUACUACCAUUCCUAUAUAUGUGGUUAAUGCAAAUUAUAUUACAUAAGGAUAGCGAUAACCGUUCAUUUGGUUAUUAUGUUGCCGGCGGUAUGGGAUUAUGCCAAUUAAUGUAUUGUAUAACAAAUAUGCAUUCGCAUUUUUUGGCUGAAAAAAGUGGAUUAAAGCUCCGUUCAUUAUUAACAUGUGCAGUGUAUAAUAAGAUCUUUUAUACAAGCUAUAAAGCAGAAGAUAUUGUUAAUGGCUCUAUAUUAGGUUUAAUUGAAAGAGAGUUAGAGAAAACAACUGAUUUUUAUGGUCUUCUAAUUGAAGUAACUGGAAUACCAUUUUCUGUUUGUAUUGUCUCGUUUGGAAUAUUCUAUUUUAAUGGUCCAUAUACCGUUGUUUGCAUCCUCUCUCUAUCGGUAUUUUUCAUUGGUCUAAUAUGUUUUUGCAUGAAGAAAGAGAAUAGUUUCAAGGAAAAAAUGAGAGAAUAUACCGACAAUAGAUUAUUUCUUGUUGGAGAGAUAAUUGACGGAAUCAAAACCAUUAAAUUAAAUGUUUGGGACGAUCGUUUCUUUCAAAUUGUUACUAAAAUAAGAAAAUUGGAAACCAAAGGCCUAUUUUAUUCUUUUAUAUUUAGAAUAUUCCAUCUUACAUUGUCAUUCUGUGCAUCUAAAAUUAUCUUAAUGUUAUCACUGCUAAUUUUGAUGAUCUUAUCGAAAUUUGAAUUUUCACUUAUUAGUUUAUUCCUUAUCAUUGUUCUCAUCACAACAAUUGAGUACAGGCUAUUUGUACAAUUUCCAAAACUUGCCCUAGGAUUAUCUGAUUGCUGCGAGAGUAUCAAAAGGAUUCAGAAUUUCCUAUUCGAUGAUCUAUCGUUAAAAUCAGAAGAUCCUUGUUCCCGAUUAACAACUCCUAAACCAGCUAGGGGUGGUAAUAUUUUCAUAGAAAUGAGAAACGGCCACAUCGCAAGAGAUUCCUACUACGAAUCGGAAAAGGAUAAAAACAAAUACAUAUUAAAGAAUGCUAAUCUAAAAAUAGAAGAGGGAAGAUCUUUUGGUAUAGUGGGAAGUCCUGAAUCUGGAAAGACGGCUCUUGUUCUUUCUCUUCUUAAAGAAAGACAAUUGGAAAAAGGAAGGUUAGAAUGCUUCGGAAAAUUAAGUUACGCCGCUCAAAUUCCCUGGAUAUUUAAUGCAACUUUGAGAGAAAAUAUCAUUAUGGGAUGGAAUUUCUGUGAAGAGAAAUACAUGAAAGUUUUAUCAGUAUGCAAAUUAAAUGACGAUAUUACUAGACUCCAUUUGGGGGAUCAGACGAUUUUGGGAACAGAAAUCGCGUUGACGCCAUCAUUAAAGGCCCGAAUAUCUUUAGCUAGGGCUAUAUAUAGAGAAGCUGAUAUAUAUAUUUUAGACGAACCAUUAGAGUGCAUCAAUAAAGAUGAAGCAAAAGGAAUACUUGAUCUAUGUAUCUUUGGAUAUCUUCGUCAAAAAACAACUAUUCUAGUAUCUAAUCAAAUAGAAUAUUUAGAAAAGAUUGAUGUCCUAUAUUUAAUGGAUAAUUGUAAAUUGAAACAAAUAAGGAGAUACUCAGAUUUAAUGUCUAGACCUCAUAUUGCGAAAAGUACACCAAAUUUUGAAGGAAUGGUCAAAUCGGAAGCGUGGGUGGUCUCGGAAGAAAAAGGUCUUGUCGGUACAAAGACUUAUGUAAAUUACGCAAGAUCUGGGAAUGUGGGACUUUUUGCGUUAUGCAUACUAUUCUUGAUGAUUAUGUUCUCUCUAAAGGUCUUUAUAGACGUUACUCUUGCCGAACUCUUAAUUAACGCAUCUCUAAAGUUUGAUAGUGGAAUUUUCAAAUUAUAUAGCGGAUUCUUUAUAUUAGUUAUAUUGAUUGCCGUGUCUUUCGUAGCACAAUUAUGCAUGCACAACUUUUUUAUGAAAACCUGUCAAAAUUUUCACAAGAGGAUGCUCAAAUCAAUUCUGCAUUGUAAGAUGGACUUUUUUGCUAAAAAUCCAAAGCAUGAGAUCCUCUCUCGUUUUGGAAAGGAUAUCGGAAUCCUUGAUAAUCUAUUACCUAGCUAUUUUGAACGUUGUAUAUCCGAUUUUUUGUGCUUAGUUUGUGGCGUUGUGGUGGCAAUGAUGGUCGUUCCUCUAUUGACACUAGCCUUCCUACUUUUAAUUGUCAUCUUAAUCAUUGUCUAUAAAUUCUUGGCUGGAAAGAUCGUUACUCUGAAAAGAAUGGGAUCAAAGAGCAAACUACAAUGUGUCCAAUUAUAUGUCGAUGUACUACAAGGUUUAAUAAGCAUUAGAGCUUUAUCGAGUAACAGUCAUUUUUUAACCAAAAUGUACAAAGCAAUGGAUUCAAGAUUCAACCUAGAAUUCUUUCAUUGUGCCGGACUUAGAUGGUUGCAACUAUGGAUGAACAUUUUAAUGGUUAUCUUCCAAACUUUAACUUGCCUAAGCUUUGUUUUCUAUAUGGAUACUAUAAAUUCAUUAUACGUUGCUCUCGCCUUGGUUUAUCUCCUUUUUACAACUGAUUCAUUUUUUGGUUGCUUUCGAAGAGCUAUUGAAUUAGAAACUUCUAUGAGUUCUGUCAAAAAAAUUCAAGCAUACGCAGCCACGGAAGCUGAAGAAAACCGUGAAACUAUACAAAAACCAACAGUUUGGCCGACUGAUGGUGUUUUAAUUGUCAAUAACUUAACUUUACACUUGGACGAUUAUAAUCAAAACGUUCUGGAUGGGGUAAAUAUGUAUGUUUGUCAAGGUCAAAAGAUUGCAGUUGUAGGUACAACUGGGUCAGGUAAAUCUUGGCUAAUGCCAGCGAUUUUUCAAAUGGUUAAAUCAUCCGGACGUAUUAUAUUAGAUUCUGUCGAUAUAUUAAAAUUGUCUGUUCAAGAGGCUAGAAAACCUAUUUCCGCAAUUCCAAGAGAUCCAUUCCUCUUUUACACAACUAUUAAAGGCAAUCUGGAUCCUCUAAACCAGUUUACUGACUUUGAACUAUGGAAAGUUUUAGAGAACGUUCAGCUGGCCGCCAAAAUCAGAUCAAUGCCUUCGCAAUUAGAAACUGUUAUCAGUAAUAAUGAUGGUUCCUUCUCAAACAGACAAAAACAAUUAUUAUGUCUGGCUCAAGCCCUGUUAGGAAAGACCUAUCUUAUCGUUAUUGAAGAAUCUGCAGACGAUAAAGAAGAUGCGUCUGAUGCGAUAAUCCAAUACGUUAUAUCGAGGCAUUUGAAGCACUGUUCAGUAAUUAUCAUUGCCAGUAAACUGAAGAGUAUCAGGGAGUGUGAUAAAAUCUACGUUUUUGGUAAUGGUAGGAUUAUCGAAGAAGGAACAUUUGACUCUUUAUUAUCGCUUGGUGGACUUUUUAGACAAUUAGUUUGA